AUGCGCCCGAUGAGCUUCAGCUUCGUGGCACUAUUGGUCACAGCCCUUGACCUUAACCUCACAGCCAGUUCCUCGGCGAUAUACUCUCUAGAAGCAGAAGGAAAAUGCGAAAAUAUCACCAUUCCAAUGUGUCUGCACAUUGGCUACAACUACACAAAGAUGCCAAACGAGAUGAAUCACGAAACGCAAGACGAAGCAGGAUUAGAAGUCCAUCAGUUUUGGCCGCUAGUCGAGAUUAAGUGCUCGCCAGACUUGAGAUUUUUCCUCUGCUCUAUGUAUGCGCCGAUUUGUUUAAAGAACUACGAUAAACCGCUACCACCCUGUAGAGAUCUAUGUAGAAGAGCCAGAGCAGGUUGCGAGCCUAUCAUGACGCAAUACGGGUUCAGCUGGCCCGAGAAGAUGGAAUGCGAACAUUUCCCCGUGCAAGGUAAAGGUAACGAUGAACCCCUUUGCAUGGACGACACCGAUCCACACAGGUCUAUUUCGACACCAAAGCCAUCGCCGGGUAAGGCCAAAACCCUCAGGCCAUGCAAAACCGGUUCAAAAAACUGCCCAAAUCCCCAAGGAGACGGAAGAAAGGGCGCAAAAGAGUGCAAGUGCGAGUGCCAGCGCCCCCUGGUCUCUCUGGGGAGAGAAAUGGGACCGUCAGUAAACAGAAGCGUCGGAGGGGUCGCAAACUGUGCCUUCCCCUGCAAGGAGACCUAUUUCAACCCAGAGGAAAAGGAAUUCGCCACCAUAUGGAUCACCCUGUGGUCGGGUCUGUGCGCCGCCUCCACGCUAAUGACUCUCACCACGUUCUUCAUCGAAACCGAAAGGUUCAAAUACCCUGAGAGACCCAUAGUAUUCCUAUCAGCAUGUUACUUCCUAGUGUCAGUCGGCUAUCUGAUACGAGUAGGUGUUGGCCACGAAGAAGUUGCGUGCGAAGACAAGAUGAUACGCUAUUCUUCGACCGGGCCAAGCCUUUGCACUUUAGUGUUUCUCCUAGUCUAUUUCUUCGGCAUGGCCUCCUCAAUCUGGUGGGUCGUUCUAUCGCUGACCUGGUUCCUAGCUGCGGGUCUGAAGUGGGGCAACGAAGCGAUCGCCAGCUAUGCUCAGUACUUCCACAUUGCAGCAUGGCUCAUACCCACUUUUCAAACUUUAGCAGUACUUUUAUCUGGAGCAGUAGAUGGUGACCCCGUAUCAGGAAUCUGUUACGUUGGUAACAUGAACAUGGAGAACCUGAGAACUUUCGUUCUGGGACCUUUAGUGGUCUACUUGAUACUCGGCACUAGCUUCCUGAUGGCUGGAUUCGUAUCUCUGUUCAGGAUAAGAAAUGUUAUCAAGAAGCAAGGCGGUGCUGGUGCAGGUUCCAAAGCAGACAAGCUCGAGAAACUCAUGAUUAGGAUAGGGAUAUUCAGCGUGCUCUACACGGUGCCAGCUACAAUCGUCAUCGGCUGUUAUUUGUACGAAAACACCUUCCACGAGGAGUGGCUCAAAUCUCUAGCUUGUUCUUGCCCCCACGCCGACAUAAUGCCCAUGAAAAUACGGCCUCUCUACUCUGUGCUCAUGCUCAAGUACUUCAUGGCACUCGCAGUCGGUAUAACUUCAGGUGUUUGGAUAUGGUCCGGAAAAACUCUGGACUCCUGGAGGAGAUUAUGGAGCAGACUCUUCGGGAGAUCCGAUUUGUCUGGCGCAAACGCAGUACUAAUCAACAAUAGGUCCUGCAAACCACCCCUACCGCAAUAUCUAGUAGCAGGACCGGGCUCAGCCUCACUCUUGGGCCCCACUGGUUCUGUAGCCUCAGCAAGUCAGCACCACCUGCACCACCACGUACUCAAACAACCCCCGCUCAGUCACGUAUGACAUGGGGGUGAGGGAGUGCUGAGUCAUCCUCCUCCACAAGGUUCAGGACCGUCUUUGAGCAAUUACGGGCCCAUUUGAGUGACAGCCCGCGGUAGUCGCGAUAUGGUCACUGCUCUCUAGUCGUCGUUUGUGUGCCAUCUUUGAUUGGACGCUCCGUGUGUUUUCUUUUUGUACAGUUGUAUUUAUUUAUUGUUUAUUUCGAAGAAGUGGAUGUAUAGAAGAAGAUUGCGAUCUUGGACUUGGAUUUUUCUUUGCAUACUCAUUUAGUAGCUAUAACUAAUAUUUGUGUACAAAAUGUAUAUGGUUAGACAAGCAGGAUCAGUCUCACGAAGUUGAUGAAUUCAACUGGAUUUUUUGAUGAUGGCUCAAUCUGGGAUGUAUGUUCUUGUCUAACAUGUUUUCGACUGUUUAUUUUUUAAAUGCUAUAUCUAAUAUGAAUCAAUAUAUUGGAUACAAUGGUAGGGAAGUUGGCAGUGAUCAUAUACAAAAAUCAAGUGUUUCCAAUACCUUACUCUAAAAUCAAGAUAGUUCUUUCCAUUCUAUAUGAAUGCGGUUUUUUAUCUGUUUCACAUGCAAGCUAUCACUGCCACGUUAGAUAAAUUCUUCCCAGACAUGAAUUUGUGUCUAAUUCGAAAAAGUGAUCGAUAAUAUACGUAAAUUUGAAAAAAAUAUGAUGUGAUUAUAAUAUCUAUAUUAGUGCAUGUGGACUUGGUACUUCAAAUAAAUCAUCGGGUUCGUGACAAAAUAUUCUACAUUUCAUUCUUUCUAUACGCGAACAUUUUCAAAAAUUGGGAAAGUUGUAUAGUUGUUUAUAUCGCUAUUAUUUUCGACGGUUCUCAAAAGUUUCUUCUUUGUGUAGACAUUUAUUUGUAUAUUUCACUUUGUGUAAAGAGCUCCUCAAAAAAGAUAAAAUGUACCUACCCAGUACCGAAUGAAUAUAGAAAUUUGAUGAAAUAGACAUUAUUUAUAUAUAUUUUCUGUGCCAUAAUUUCGUUGUUAAGGGACCAUCUUUGUGACAUUUUAUUGAAGUAUCAAAAUGAAAGUGUGUUUUUGAGAAAUAUGUAAUAUAUUAAUAUAUUCUUGUAGUUGCUGGUUAGUUCAUAGAUAUUUUAUGAUAAAUUAUCAAAAAGGAAUAUCGAUAAUCUUUUGUACUUAUUGAUAACUGUCAAUUCUGACAAUUUGUAAAUAUAUACGUUUGUGCAACCGCAACUUAAAACAGAAGGUAAAGUAAUGUAUCUUACAGGGUGUUCUACAGUAGAUUGAUCCUCCCAUACUAUUAGUGAGGAAGUUGAAAAAUUGUUUGAUAGGGAUUCACUUAUCACCCUGUCCAGAUUAUCUUAAAUGUAUAGACUAAUCAUGUAAGUGUGAAAAUAUCCAGGUGAAUUUGCAUCUACAAAAUACCACAUUUCAUGAUGAAAAUGUCGAUCUGAGCAUCUUUGCAAACCUGGCAUUCAAAAUGUAUCAUUUUCGUACUAUACUUACAUAAAAUACAUGAUAAACUUUAUGUCUAAAAAGUUGUAGAACGACAUUGGUAAAGAUUAUUAGCUUUAUCAUAUGAAGAAUCUAUAGCAUAGAACAUAUCAAACCCCAUGAAAAAUAUGUUUUGGAAUUAUCUGAAAUUUCAUUUGAUAUUUUUUUGUAUAGUUUCCUUUUAGGAAAUGCAAUUUCAUUGAUGACUGAGCACAAAUUCUUUUUGUAUAUUUUUUUAUUGAAGAAAAAACUUGUACAGCAUAAUGUUAUUUGUAAUAACUGCGUGUAUAGUAGAUAUUGUAACUGAUCUGUAUGCUUCAAAAUGUAUACGAUUUUAAUAAUAUAUUUUAUUGUUCAAAU